AUGGUAUUGCAGAAGCAGGUCUGGGACUCAGAUUCAGCCCCUCCUGCUGGUGUUCUGCAGCCCGGCACCAGCCCUUGUGCUUGUCUUUUAUAUUUAUUGAUGCCUCCUCAUCCUUCAGGUGAUGUUCCUGCCUCCAGGAGGCCUUUUCUGAUUACUCAUUCUCUCCUCCCAUCCAGUCUAGUGUUGGAAAACUUUGAACGGACAAUCAUCCCCAAUUGUGGAUCACUGGAGGGUCAGCAGGAUUUCCGAACCCCGGAUUUUGAAGAAUUUAAUGGAAAAGCAGACUCUCUCUUUUUUAAUGAUGGACAGCGAAGAAUUGACUUCGUCUUGGUGUAUGAAGAAGAAGGUAGAAAGGAGAAACAUAAAAAGGGUACAAAUGAAAAACAAAAGAGAAAAAGACAAGCAUAUGAAUCUAAUCUUAUCUGUCAUGGCCUGCAGCUAGAAGCAACCAGAUCGGUUUCAGAUGACAAGCUUAUAUUCGUAAAAGUACACGCACCUUGGGACGUGUUGUGUACAUACGCUGAGAUAAUGCACAUCAAGUUACCUCUGAAACCCAAUGACCUGAAAAUCCGCUCCUCGGCCUUCGGCACCCUCAACUGGUUCACCAAAGUCCUCAGAGUGGAUGAAAGUGUCAUCAAGCCAGAGCAAGAAUUCUUCACCGCCCCCUUUGAGAAGAACCGGCUCAAUGAUUUCUACAUUCUUGAUAAAGAUUCUUUCUUCAAUCCAGCCACUAGGAGCCGCAUUGUUUACUUCAUCCUCUCCCGGGUCACCUAUCAAGUGGUGAAUAAUGUCAACAAGUUUGGGAUUAACAGACUUGUCAGCUCUGGAAUCUACAAGGCUGCCUUCCCCCUCCAUGAUUGCAAUUUCAGCUCUCCGUCGGAAGAUCCCAGCUGCCCCAAUGAACGCUACCUUCUGUACAGAGAGUGGGCGCAUCCUCGGAGCAUAUACAAGAAACAGCCCCUGGAUCUCAUCAGGAAGUAUUAUGGAGAGAAGAUUGGAAUCUACUUUGCCUGGCUGGGCUAUUACACCCAGAUGCUGCUCCUGGCUGCUGUUGUGGGCGUGGCCUGCUUUCUUUAUGGAUAUUUUGAUCAGGAAAACUGCACUUGGAGCAAAGAAGUGUGUAAUCCUGAUAUUGGUGGCAAGAUUGUAAUGUGUCCCCAGUGCGAUAAACUCUGUCCGUUCUGGAACCUGAAUAUUACUUGCGAAUCAUCCAAGAAAUUGUGCAUCUUUGACAGUUUUGGAACCCUUGUCUUUGCAGUAUUUAUGGGAAUAUGGGUGACUCUGUUUCUGGAGUUUUGGAAGCGGCGGCAGGCAGAACUCGAGUAUGAAUGGGACACCGUUGAGCUGCAGCAAGAAGAGCAGCCGCGGCCUGAGUAUGAAGCACAGUGCAAUCACGUGGUCAUUAAUGAGAUCACCCAGGAAGAAGAACGUAUCCCCUUCACAGCCUGUGGAAAAUGUAUUCGAGUGACCCUCUGUGCUAGUGCUGUCUUCUUUUGGAUCCUGUUGAUCAUUGCUUCUGUUAUUGGGAUCAUUGUCUACAGGCUCUCCGUGUUCAUUGUAUUUUCUGCAAAACUUCCCCCAGUCAAUGGGACAGACCCAAUCCAGAAGUACCUGACCCCUCAGACAGCCACAUCCAUCACUGCAAGCAUCAUCAGCUUCAUCAUCAUCAUGAUUCUCAACACUGUGUAUGAGAAAGUGGCUAUCAUGAUCACAAACUUCGAACUGCCGAGGACACAGACGGAUUACGAAAACAGCCUAACCAUGAAGAUGUUCCUCUUCCAGUUUGUGAACUACUACUCCUCCUGUUUCUACAUCGCCUUCUUCAAGGGCAAAUUUGUGGGCUACCCGGGAGACCCAGUGUACUGGCUGGGCAAGUACAGAAAUGAAGAGUGUGAUCCUGGAGGCUGUCUUCUUGAACUGACAACCCAGUUGACAAUAAUCAUGGGAGGCAAAGCAAUCUGGAACAACAUCCAGGAAGUGCUACUUCCUGAAACCAGUGACUCAAAGAAUUUAAAUGAUUUACCCAAAGUCAUCCUGGCAAUCUGUGGAACCGUUAUUCAGUUUGGGUUCGUCACCUUAUUUGUGGCCUCUUUUCCACUGGCUCCUCUGUUGGCUUUGGUGAACAAUAUACUGGAAAUAAGAGUGGAUGGGUGGAAGCUGACUACCCAGUUCAGACGCAUGGUGCCAGCAAAAGCCCAAGACAUCGGCGCAUGGCAGCCCAUCAUGCAAGGAAUAGCUAUCCUGGCUGUGGUGACCAAUGCCAUGAUCAUCGCUUUCACGUCAGACAUGAUCCCCCGCCUGGUCUAUUACUGGUCCUUCUCUGUCCCUCCCUAUGGGGACCACACGCAACACACCAUGGAGGGCUACAUCAAUAACACCCUCUCCAUCUUCAAUGUUAUGGACUUCAAAAGCAAAGCGAAGGACAAUCCGUAUGUUGGGCUUGGCAACUAUACCACGUGCAGGUACCGAGACUUCCGAAAUCCACCUGGUCACCCGCAGGAGUAUAAACACAACAUCUACUACUGGCACGUGAUCGCUGCCAAACUAGCGUUCAUCAUCGUCAUGGAGCACCUCAUCUACUCUGUGAAAUUCUUCAUUUCCUACGCCAUUCCAGACGUGUCCAAAAGCACCAGGAGCAAGAUCAAGAGAGAGAAAUACCUGACCCAAAAGCUGCUUCACGAGAGUCACAUAAGAGACCUGACGAAGGACAUUGGCGCCAUCGCUGAGAGGAUAGCAGGGGCCGUCGAUAACAAUAUUCGGCCCAAAUCAGAAUGAGAGGCUUAUGCCAAGAGGCACAUUAAGGGAUGCCAUUGGUUCUUCUCGCAGUGUAUGAUGAGCCAAUCACUAAUGACCGGGCGUGAGUUCCAUCACUUUGGCAAAUAUGAAGACUGUUGCCCGUUUCAUGUAACUCCUAGAUUUCUGUUUCAGCUAUCCAGGCAGGAACUGGAAAAAUGUAAAAGCUUAGAUCUAGAAGUAGCAUAAAAACGAAUCACCUGGAAAACCUGAAUCUAUUACCCCUAUUUUUUGCUUUUGGGUUUUUGUUUUUAAAUCAAUAACA